AUGGCUAUCUCAUCAAAACAACCGUAUGGCCAGCUUUUGUCACGAUCUCAGAAGAAGCGAAUCGACACAUGGAUCAACAAAUUACCGUACGACUGGCAAUUAGACAGCGCAAACACAGCGCUACUAGCUCCUGCGGCGGUAUACGAAGAUUGGCUUGAUUGGGCAAAGCCUAGGGCCCUCUCAUGGCUCGCCAGACUGGACAAAUACGAAAGGCGGUUUCGAAUCGCUGGAGUCGCCUAUCACAAGGUUCCGUAUGCGCUCCGGCGCUCAAUCGCGACUUGUAGCUCGAAAGCAGUCGAGCAGAAUGUGUGUUCACGGCUCAGCCAAAUGUUCGAAAUCGGCCGCCCGCGCUCUGAAGAGCCGUUCUUUCACCCAUGGGACGAAAUCUUCGACGCUGCAUAUGCGGUAUUGCAGAAAUGGGUAGUAUCAAGAGGCACUGCUCCGGAGAACGUCGAUCUCCUUCGCGAGCUGGAAGCUGAAUGUGAACUCACGCUGUCGCAACUGGCGAAACCUCUCCGGAAUCUGGAGGCUGGGCUGGUAUGGGUGGAGGAGCAAGUAGCGAAGCUCGCCGAGCGCUCCGAUCUUGAUGGAACUGAGGCGUUGGCCGCUAAGCACAGCCGCGAGGGUAACAUGUUUCGGACGUGGGUACAGACCUUUUUGGAAAUUGAGCAUGGGGUGGUGAAGUCGAAGUCUGCGUAUACGGAAGCUUUUGUCGAUGGCGUGGUAGAAGAAGAGGACAUUGCGAAGGACGCGUACUGGACUAUGUUGGCGGUUACAGAUGUCGAGGAGCAAGCCGACGAGGAGGCCAAGAAAGCCCGCACCGGUAUCCAAGAGAUCAUUGAACGCGCCGACAGUCUUCUCAAUCUUUGCAACUCAUUGGAAGAUCGCUAUAGAGAAGCCGGCGUCACCUUCCACAAAACCCAGCGCGCCGCCCGCAUCGCCUUGGAACUCAACGAGGAUCUGGAUGUAGACCGUUACACAGCCCUCAACAACGCCUUCAUUGUUCUAAGCUACGAAGAGAUCUUUGCUCCUCUCAAAGCUUUGGUUAAGAGUCUCACCGCGCUCCGCACAAAGGCACAGUAUAUACCAUCAUCGACCGAGGCUCAUCAGCUCAAGUUCACCUUGGAGUUCACGUUGGUUCCUGCGAUGAAUGUACUGGUCUCGGACUAUGAGACGUUCUCGGAUAAUUUGCGUAGCCUUGAACAAGAUGUGCAUGAACUAGAUGUGUUCAGUAGGCAGCACUUCCAGUUCAACGAUCAAGGCGAGCGUUGUACUUGGUAUGACCCGGUGUUGGAUCUGACGAAUGGCAGAAGAACUGUGCGGAGCCAUCAUAGGGAGUACGUCUUGUUCGCCGACUGGGUUUAUAACUUACCCGAAGCGCGGCGGGCUAUGGGGGUUCAACAUGAGAUCGACGGGCUACAUGCAUCUCGUACGCUCUUUGAGGAUAGGCUGUUUGUUUAUGCGAUGGAUUUGAUUUGGCAUGCAAACAAGGGGUUUGCUGUGUAG